AUCCUGGGCGAUUGACAACACUCACCCGUUUUCUCUUUCAGGAAAAUAAACAUGUAAUAUAUGUAUUUACACAGCGAAAACCGUGUGUCAGCUUCAGACUAAUUCGUCGCCGCUGUCGGCAGCUUGUUGUCCGCAUCAAGUUGAAGAGAGGACGAGAGAGGAGACGGCUAAUUCGCUGAUGGACAUAUUAUUGUGCGUUUUCGUGGUGCUACGGUCCGUGUUGCUAGUCUGAGUGUGGACAUGUAGCUAAUGUGGAGUUUUUCUAUGGUUUAAAUUCAAGACUUUUUUUCAGUCUAAUCGUGCGGUUUGUGCUGCGAGAGGGAGCUGAGCUCGUUUCAACGCCAGAGGCCUUAAUUCGUGUCUGUUUUCUACUUUAAAAACCACAUUUAGCCGGGCUUUGAGUUAGUUUGUGCUAACAAGUCAGAGGAAAGAUAAGGGUCGACUUACACACGAUAAGAGUUUAGCCCAGACGUACAGUUAUCAUGAGUUUCUUUAGUUUUGGGCAAAGUGCUGAGAUAGACGUGGUCCUGAAUGACGCCGAGACGAGGAAGAAGGCUGAACACAAGACUGAGGAUGGAAAGAAAGAUAAAUACUUUCUUUUCUACGACGGAGAGACUGUCAGUGGGAAGGUGAACGUCACGCUGAAGAACCCCGGAAAGCGGCUGGAGCACCUGGGCAUCAAGAUUGAAUUUGUCGGACAAAUAGAGCUGUAUUACGACAGAGGAAACCAUCAUGAAUUUGUUUCCCUGGUUAAAGAUCUUGCAAGACCCGGUGAAAUAACUCAGUCACAGACCUUCGACUUUGAGUUCACUCAUGUUGAGAAACCGUACGAGUCCUACACAGGGCAGAACGUCAAGCUAAGAUAUUUUCUUCGUGCCACGGUGAUAAGAAGACUAAAUGACAUCAGUAAAGAGUUGGACAUCGUGGUCCACACACUCAGCACGUAUCCCGAACUCAACUCCUCCAUAAAGAUGGAAGUUGGAAUCGAGGACUGUCUCCACAUUGAGUUUGAGUAUAACAAAUCCAAGUAUCAUCUCAAAGAUGUCAUCGUGGGGAAGAUCUAUUUCCUACUGGUGAGGAUUAAGAUUAAACACAUGGAGAUCGACAUCAUUAAACGUGAGACAACCGGCACCGGCCCGAGUGUGUACCACGAAAACGACACCAUCGCCAAGUACGAGAUCAUGGACGGAGCUCCGGUCAGAGGAGAGUCCAUUCCCAUCCGAUUAUUCCUGGCUGGCUACGAUCUGACCCCCACCAUGAGAGACAUCAACAAGAAGUUCUCUGUGCGCUACUACCUGAACCUGGUGCUGAUCGACGAGGAGGAGAGACGCUACUUCAAACAACAGGAAAUCACACUGUGGAGGAAAGGCGACGUGGUGAGGAAGAGCAUGUCCCACCAGGCCGCCAUCGCCUCGCAGAGGUUCGAGGGCUCGGCCGCCUCGGAGAGCGCGCUGGAGCAGGCCGCGAAGGAGGAGAGCGGCUAGAAUGGCCGCCGCUGCCCCUCCGCUCGCCAGACACCUGGAGGGGGGCAGCCGUUUUAUUUGUAGCCGCUGCUGGUGAAAAGGGAGGAAGAAGGGAGACCGACAACGACGGUAAAACUGAACAAUGAAACAGUUCGCAUGAGGCAUUCAGAGUGGCUCCAGGCUGCUGGUCUUGUCCUUCCUCGCCCACCUCGCUUUCUGUUUUUUCUUUAUGGGAAUCAAACUAAUCAACCUGUCGCUGACGUCCGCUGCGUAAAACCAUGUGAAAAUCUUAAAAGCCCUCUUGUUUGUUACCUUCUAACUCUUUUGGGAUUCAUUUGAUUUCUAAUCUGUUAAUUAUUGUAAAUGACUCAUCGUGACGUACAUAUAUAUAUAUAUAUAUACACACAUAUAUAUUUCCGACAUUCCACAUUUAAUGAAUGCAUUCCUAACAUUGUUUAUAAGGUCAAGACAUCUGAGAUAACUUUGCACUGCUUUAUCUUGCUGAGCACAUUUGUUUUUUUUUUUUCCUUUUUUUGAGUGUUUGCACAGACACACAAAAAAAAAAAUGGUGGAAGUGGAAACUGGAAUCUCUUGCUGCUGUUUCAGUGAGAGGCCUAAAGUAUUAACUCAUGUGUUUUGUUUUUAAAUGUGUAAAUAAGACCAGUUGAACCUGUUCCAGCUUGUGUACAUUGAUUAUCAACUACUACUACUACACGGAUACAAAAAUGACCUUCCACGUCCAUAUGCUUUACCUCGGCAUUCCAGUGGUGUUUAGGGAAGGGUGUCCAAGUGUUUGUAUUGAGGUCUGGUAGUAUGAAAUCCUCUCUAUCUUCUUUAUUAGAGACCUACAAGUUGUGCCUAUGUGUAUCGAGCAAAUGGAGUCCUCCUGCCUCUAACAUAAUUUUAGUCUUUUAACCAGAGACAUGUUGCAGUAGAACUAUCUAUCUUUUGCAAAAUGCUAACCAAUUACUCCUUGUCCCUGAAAGUCAAAUAAACUGAUGCCAAAUGGAGAAAAUGUGA